AUGGCUAAAAUAAACUCCCUCUCCUUUCUUAUCAUCCUUCUCAUCAUUGCCUAAACUUUAUUAAACUUUAUUAAUAGUUUAGCCAAUGAACAUAACUCUAAUGAUAAUACUGCAAUAAUCCCACAAGAGAAAGAUAUCAAAUGGUUGCAUAUUUGGCCAUUUGUUCCACCACCACCUUCAUCAACUGGUCAUUUUCCUAAAUUUCCAUUCCCAAAAAUAUUUCCCUGGCCUCGACUUUUGCCACCUAACCUUAAUUCUCUAAGUACUGAGAAAAGUUCCGAUUACAUAAGCAUGCACAACAGUCAGAACGUGCUGAAAAAUAAAUCGUGUGCCUCAAUCAUUGAACGAUGUAUAAUUUGCGUUCGUCGCAAAUGUUCUUUCUCAUAUGGUACUUGUUGUGAGGCUAUUACUAAAUUUGGUGCUAAGGAAUGCAACAAGUUGUAUGAAUAUGCCAUGAUUAAAAAUCAGUGUACAAUUAGCCCAUUAGCUGCUCCUCCAAGUCAGGGGCGUAUUUAG